UUUACCUGACUCCUAUAGGAAAAAGAGGCGCUUGGCCCGAUCUCUUUUGUGCCCUAGCAGCUCGCCUCUCGUCUCCCUCGUUUCCUUUCCCCGGAACUCCCCAAUUCGGGCGCUCGAUUCCUGGCUUCGCCUCGAGACGAUCUCACCUGUUGUUGAGGCAUGACGGCUUGCAAGCAGACCGCAUCCACGGGCACCGAUGUAACCAUGGACGAGGCCGACAGCAACUCGGCAGCGAAGAGAGAUGGAGCGGAUGAGCGGAAGCCCCGGACCAAGUGCAGGAAGGGGAAGAAGGUCAAGGACAAGUUGGCGGUGAAGAGCAAUGGAGCGGAGAAGCCCAAGACCCACGACCUUUCCGAUGUUACACGCGGGUUGGCGGCGAUGAGCAUUGCAAUGGAAAAUCCGUUGGAUGAACAGCUCGCCAAGCUCGCCCUUUUCACCUACCAGGACGUCUUCUGGAUGGACAACUUCAAAGGCGUCUAUGACAAGCCGUCCGUAGAUGCUAUUAGAAAGAAAGCUGCUGAAAACUGGGAAUUCUUUAACGAUUCGGACAAGGCCCCUUACGUAGCCAUUGCACGUGUGAACGAAAUACUCCUUGCUGAGGCUUAUGAGUUCAAGAAGACACUGAAGUUGACGCUCGGGAUGACGAACAAGAUGACGAAUCUGAAAAUGUGAACACACAAGAUCUCUAAGAUGUGUUUGAAUAGGUGAUUUGCAUUUUUCCUUUUGCUAUCUGUAUAUCUUUUGGAUUGGUUACUCAAUUAGCAGGGGUCAUGCAUGUACUCUUGUUUUGUUUUUCAUAAGUGGAUUUUUAGGUCCGGGGAUCCCCGCACCCCCUUAUCUGUACCAUUCAUUAAGAAUAUGGCACUUUGAGAUUUGUGCGCC